CUCUCCUUGGCCAGUUCCGCCGCGGCGAAGCAGCCGCUUGCCUGCGCGCAAGCCUCAGAGCGCGCCGCGACUCCCUCCGGCAGUCACGCAGCGCUCCUCAAAGUUUUGCCCUACCUUCCCUGCCAAAGUUCCGAAGUUUGGUGACGUCAGCAGCGCGGCCACCAAUAGGCGCCGAAGGUGUUAUUUUGGGGAGGGCAAGGGGCGGCGCCGGUGUCCGCCUGCUUUGCCUUGCCCAGUCCAUGGAGAGGCGGCCGGCUGCGAGCGCCCCUGGAUCCUCCCCAGCGCUGCCAGUGGCUCUGAUUUCGGGAUCUGGGCGCUGCUGUCGUCGCCGGGGGCUGUGCUGGGCUGCCCUGGAAGAGCUGGGCUGGCCGAGUGAGCGCGGAGCUGGUCUUGGCUUUAAUUCCCACCGUCCGCCGGUCACCUGGGCUGGACGCAGCAGAGCAGGGCAGGUUGGGGCUUCAGCUGCGAAGAGCAGGAGAGGACGGCUCGGCUCGGCUCCCCUUUAGCCUGCUUUGCCUGCUGGGCUUUGGGCGCAAAGCGAAGAUCCUACAGGGAAAGCGGCAGGCGAUGCCUGCAGCAGCAGCAGCAGCAGCGCGUUCUUCUCAGCUGUGCUGAGAGCGCUGCGUGUCUCCCGCGCCGGCUGCUGUUGGGACUUGGCGAGAUUUUCCUUUUCCUUUUCGUUUCUCCCCCCGCUCCUCUCGCCCCCCAGCUCCUCACUUCUGUUCAGAGAGGAGGCGAGCAUGCUGGCCGCAAGGAGAGAGGGGUCAGGGCGCCUUGGGCUGCUCCUGGGGCUGUGGAGCCUCACGCUUUGCUUGCCUACCGAAGGAUGCCCGAGUAAAUGUACCUGCUCCGGAUCCAAUGUGGAUUGCCACGGACUGGGACUCAAAACGGUGCCGCGAGGCAUUCCCAGGAAUGCAGAGAGACUUGACUUAGACAGAAACAACAUUACAAGGAUUACAAAGGUGGACUUUGCUGGGCUUAAGAAUCUUCGUGUUUUACAUUUGGAAGAGAAUCAGAUUAGUGUGAUAGAACGUGGAACAUUUCAAGAUCUAAAGCAACUUGAACGGCUGCGUCUAAACAGAAAUAAACUGCAAGUUCUUCCAGAGCUCCUUUUCCAGAACACACUGAAGCUAACCAGACUGGACUUAAGUGAAAACCAGAUUCAAGGCAUCCCAAGGAAGGCUUUUCGAGGAAUUACUGAUGUGAAGAAUUUGCAACUGGACAACAAUCAGAUCAGCUGCAUUGAAGAUGGAGCCUUCCGAGCCCUGCGUGACUUGGAGAUUCUUACCCUCAACAACAACAACAUCACACGCAUCCCUCUCACCAGCUUCAACCAUAUGCCAAAGAUCAGGACCUUACGGCUUCAUUCCAAUUACUUGUACUGUGAUUGCCACCUGGCUUGGCUUUCUGAUUGGCUGCGUCAGAGGCGAUCAGUAGGACAGUUCACAUUCUGUAUGUCUCCUGUUCACCUGAGGGGAUUUAAUGUUGCUGAUGUUCAGAAAAAAGAAUACGUCUGCUCAGGUUCGCAAGCAGAACCUCCGUCCUGCAAUGCCAAUUCCAUCAGUUGCCCAUCUGCUUGUACUUGCAGCAACAAUAUAGUGGACUGUCGAGGAAAGGGCUUAACUGAAAUUGCAGCCAACCUGCCAGAGAGUAUUGUGGAAAUCCGCCUAGAACAGAACUCAAUCAAAAAUAUUCCCGCCGGAGCUUUCUCUCAGUACAAGAAACUUAAAAGAAUUGAUAUCAGCAAGAAUCAGAUAUCGGAUAUUGCAUCAGACGCUUUUCAGGGCUUGAAAUCUCUCACCUCACUAGUGCUCUAUGGAAAUAAGAUAACAGAAAUCCCCAAGGGCCUUUUUGAUGGACUUGUGUCACUUCAGUUGCUGCUUCUCAAUGCCAAUAAAAUCAACUGCUUGAGGGUAAACACAUUUCAAGAUCUGCAUAAUCUCAACUUGUUAUCCCUCUAUGACAACAAGCUACAGACUAUCAGCAAGGGGCUUUUUGUACCGCUCCAAUCGAUUCAGACUUUGCAUUUAGCUCAGAAUCCAUUUGUGUGUGACUGCCAUUUGAAGUGGCUGGCUGAUUACCUGCAGGAUAAUCCAAUAGAAACCAGCGGCGCUCGAUGCAGCAGCCCACGUCGCCUUGCCAACAAACGAAUCAGCCAGAUCAAGAGCAAGAAGUUCCGUUGCUCAGGUUCAGAGGACUACAGGAGUAAGUUCACUGGUGAAUGCUUCAUGGACCUUGUCUGUCCUGAAAAAUGCCGCUGUGAGGGAACAAUUGUAGACUGUUCUAAUCAAAAGCUCACCCGACUUCCCAGUCAUCUCCCAGAAUACACCAUAGACCUGCGUUUACAUGACAAUGAUAUUUCUGUACUGGAAUCUACUGGAAUAUUCAAGAAGCUACCCAGCCUAAGAAAGAUUAAUCUGAGUAACAAUAAGAUCAAAGAGAUCCGCGAAGGUACUUUUGAUGGGGCAGCAGGGGUACAGGAACUGAUGUUGACAGGAAAUCAGCUGGAGUCUGUGCAUGGACGAAUGUUUAGAGGCCUCACAGGUCUCAAGACACUGAUGCUUAGGAGCAACAUAAUCAAUUGUGUAAACAAUGACACAUUCACAGGAUUGAGCUCAGUGAGAUUACUGUCUCUGUAUGAUAAUCGCAUUACUACAAUCACACCAGGAGCCUUCAAUACGCUGGUUUCUUUAUCUACAAUUAAUUUGCUUUCUAACCCAUUUAACUGUAACUGUCACUUGGCAUGGUUGGGGAAAUGGUUGAGGAAGAGGAGGAUUGUCAGUGGAAAUCCUCGUUGCCAGAAACCAUUUUUCUUGAAAGAGAUUCCAAUUCAGGAUGUGGCUACACAGGACUUCACAUGUGACGGUAACAUUGAAAGCAGCUGUAAUCUCUCCCCCCGUUGCCCAGACCAGUGUAGCUGUAUAGAUUCAGUGGUUCGCUGCAGUAAUAAAGGGCUACGGUUUCUACCUAAAGGUGUCCCCAAAGAUGUGACUGAACUAUACCUGGAAGGAAACCAUUUAUCUGCUGUGCCAAAGGAACUCUCUAUGUUCAAGCACUUAACACUGAUUGACUUGAGCAACAACAGCAUCAGCAUGUUGGCCAAUUACACCUUCAGUAAUAUGACACAGCUAUCGACACUGAUUCUGAGCUACAACAGGCUACGGUGUAUUCCAGUCCAUGCAUUCAAUGGGCUUAAGUCUCUCAGAGUGCUGACUCUUCAUGGCAAUGAUAUUUCCAGCGUCCCUGAAGGGUCAUUUAACGAUCUUAUGUCACUUUCCCAUCUGGCACUUGGUACCAACCCUUUGCAUUGUGACUGCAGUCUGCGCUGGCUCUCAGAGUGGGUGAAGGCAGGCUACAAAGAGCCAGGAAUUGCACGAUGCAUUAGUCCAGAUGACAUGACAGACAGGCUGUUGCUAACGACACCAACCCACCGCUUCCAGUGCAAAGGACCUGUUGAUAUCAGUGUUGUGUCCAAGUGUAACCCCUGUCUAUCCAAUCCAUGUAAAAACAAUGGGACUUGCAACAGUGAUCCAGUAGAUUUUUACCAAUGCACUUGCCCUUUUGGCUACAAGGGUCGAGACUGCACCACUCCCAUUAAUGCCUGCAUUCAGAAUCCAUGCCAAAAUGGGGGAACAUGCCAUCUCACUGACACAAAUCAAGAUGGAUUCAGUUGUUCCUGUCCUCUUGGGUUCGAAGGGAAGAAAUGUGAGAUUAAUCCAGAUGAUUGUGAUGAUAAUGAUUGUGAGAACAACUCAACGUGUAUGGAUGGAAUAAACAAUUAUGCUUGCCUGUGUCUCCCUAACUAUACAGGAGAGCUAUGUGAUGAGGUGAUUAACCAAUGUGUGCCUGAACUAAAUCCUUGCAAACAUGACUCCAAAUGUAUCAGUCUUGACAAAGGAUACCGAUGUGAAUGCUUGCCUGGCUACAGUGGAAGACACUGUGAAACUGACGAUGAUGACUGUGUGGGACACAAGUGUCGCCAUGGUGCAUUGUGUGUAGAUGCUGUCAAUGGAUACACCUGCAUUUGUCCUCAAGGAUUCAGUGGACUCUUCUGUGAAAAUCCUCCGCCAAUGGUUCUCCUCCAAACCAGCCCUUGUGACCACUAUGAAUGCCAAAAUGGAGCACAGUGCAUUGUCAUACAGCAGGAGCCAGUUUGUCGUUGCCUGGCUGGUUUCGCUGGCCAGAAGUGUGAAAAACUCAUUACCGUCAAUUUUGUUGGGAAGGAUUCUUAUGUUGAGCUGCCACCAGCCAAAAUCCGCCCUCAGGCAAACAUUUCCCUUCAAGUAGCAACAGAUAAAGACAAUGGCAUUUUAUUGUACAAAGGAGACAACGAUCCUCUAGCUUUAGAAUUGUAUCAAGGUCACCUGAGGCUUAGCUAUGACACACUGAACUCUCCACCCACAACUAUAUACAGUGUGGAAACAGUAAACGAUGGGCAGUUUCACAGUGUGGAGCUGGUAAUGUUGAACCAGACCUUGAACUUGGUUGUAGAUAAAGGUGCUCCCAAGAGCCUUGGCAAACUGCAGAAACAGCCAGUGGUUGGUCAUGACACCCCUCUCUACAUUGGAGGCAUUCCUACAUCCACUGGAUUGUCUUCAUUGCGGCAGGGUACAGAGAGGACACCAAGUGGUUUCCACGGCUGCAUUCAUGAUGUCCGCAUUAAUAAUGAGCUUCAGGAUUUCAAGGAUCUCCCACAUCAGUCAGUUGGGGUUCUUCCUGGGUGCAGGUCCUGUAACAUCUGCAAGCAUGGCAUCUGCCGCUCUAUUGAAAAGACAAGUGUUGUUUGUGAGUGCCACCCAGGCUGGACAGGAUCACUAUGCGACCAAGAAAUUAAAGACCCCUGCCUCAAUAACAAGUGCCUUCAUGGUAAAUGCAUAGCCAGCAAUUCUGCUUACACAUGUAAGUGCAUAGAAGGUUAUCUGGGCAUGUACUGCGAGCGAAAUAAUGAUUCCUCCAAUCCCUGCAGAGCUCUGAAGUGUAGCCAUGGACAGUGUAGGAUCUCAGCACAUGGGGAGCCCUAUUGCGAAUGUGAUCCAAACUACAGUGGAGAACACUGUGAUAGAGAGAACCUGUGCCAAGGAGAGAUCAUUCGUGAACUGAUUCGGAAGCAACAAGGUCCUCUCUCAUGUGUCUCCAUUGUCAAGGUACCUCGCAUGGAAUGUCACGGCAGCUGUGGAAAUGGUCAGUGCUGUGUUGCCCUCCGGAGUAAAAGGCGGAAAUACGUCUUCCAGUGUGUGGAUGGCUCUUCCUUCACAGAAGAACUAGAGAGGCAUGUGGAAUGUGGCUGUGCAAAGUGUUUAUAAGCAGCCUGCUCAGCCUCUUUUGCCCCUCUGUAUCGACUCUGAUGUGCUAUGAAAAACGGGACCUAUUUACUUUUAAGUGAAGAAGAGAAUAUUAAGUAUAUUGUAAAAUAAGCAAAAAUAGAAGUUAUUUUUAUUAUGGAAAAUGACUAUUUUCAUCUUUUAUUAUAUAAAGUAUCUGACCGUUUGGGGUAUAUGUAUCAUAUAGUGCGUUAUUUUUACUAUGGUUUUUUUUUUUUAACAGUUGUAAAAAAAAUAUUUUGGAAAAAAUGUUCCAAACGUAAACACAGGGAUAAAAAAACAGAGUAUAGUUGAUAAGCUUUGCACGAUGGCCAGAUGUGAAGGUAAUUCAAAGGAUCUGCCACAGAAAUAGUGAAACGAGCCUUGAGAGAUUUGGAUAGAUGCACAUCUCAAGAGCUGUAACUUUCAGUUGUCUUUCCUGUUCAGGCAUGCUCAGUUAAUAUUUUUCAGCUGAUAAUUAAACAGCUAGUUGUGUUUGUCAAUAUUGUGGAUCCACUUGAUACCGUUGCCAAAAAAGCACACCAUGAUGCUGCAGCUGCUUGGACCUACACACAGAUUCUGUCAUGCACAUAUUAAUGCAGUUGUAGUAGGUAGUAUCAAUCAAUCAAUAUCUUUAUUACGGCACUUGACCAGAUUUCAGCAUUAUAAUACAAAGUUAACAUUCAAUGCAGUUGGUACAGUCUAUCACAGUUACAUUUAGAUAGAGGAAGUUUACCCAGUCAUGGACAUCCUUACCUAACUGAUGGGGGGGGCUUUCGCCAUUGCUUGAUGAAUCCUAUAUUCAAUGGCACAAAAUCUAGUGACACAAGAAGUAACAAAUACAGUCAUCUGCAAUAAGAUCGGUUACAUAAAAGUCCAUUGGUCUUCCCUGAAGGUUCUCUAACAGAGGUAAAAUCAAUUUGCUAUGUGGAGUGCUGUAAAAUUUACAAUGAAGUAAAAUAUGAGCCAAAUUAUCAACUUGGUCUGAUCCAAAGGAGCACUUGCACAGGUGAUAGGGUAUCUUUUUGUAUCUCCCCUCCAUCCAAGCUGAUGGGACAGCAUUAUAACAACCUAAGGUGAGGGCGCGCCGAUGGGCUGGACAUGUCAGCUUGUAAAGAUAGCUUGCUGUAGUUAAAUUUGAGGUGACCCACCAAUUCUUAAUACAGUUAGGGAGUUUGCUUCUCUCUUCUUGUGAUUCAAUAUCUAGAAGACAUUGUUCUAGAAUUCUAUUGACUUGAUCAAACCCCAUAGCAAUUAGAGAUUCAGAAGCGAGUCCAACCAUCUGGAAAUUGUAGUCAUAUGUUUUGUCUUCUGUGUACAAUUGAUUCUCAAACUGUUGUGUUAAUCAUCAAUUAUUGUUACUCUCUGGCACAGCCACUUGUGCAAAAGAUGAAUAUGAGUCACAUUUUAUUUUAUUAUUUUUAAAAAGUAACAGAUGCACUACGUAACAUCUACUCAAUAUCACAGGGGAUAAUCCACUUACUUGGCACAUCCUCCUUUGCCCCUCCCCAUAUGGAGAAGCACUCUGUUCUGAUAACCCACCUCCCCCUGUUGGCUCCCAUCCUCUACAUGCAGAGCAGUCAGUGUGAGUAUGUCCGUGCAUUUUCACAUUCAGGAAACAGAUUGAAUAGUAAUCACCUGUUACUAAUGGUGGUAGUGAUGGUGACCUCUUCACUUGUAAAUCCAUGUGAUUUUAGGUAGCCUUAGAUUGCAAAGCAAAAUGUAAAGAAUGCACUGAAAAACUGCCUUACCAGGCUAUGACAAUCCGUUUUAAAAUUCCUCCGUCUUCAGCGGAGGAAUAUUUCACUUACUUCAAGCACUCUGCCACAGUGCCCAUUAAAUAAACACAACUAUAUUAUUACUCCUUUCAGUAAGGCCUUAUGUGUGGUGAGCUUGAAAACAAUGUUUCAGGAUGACAAAUUCACAUUCAAGUCCAGUCUACACUAAUUGCAUACUGACAAGUGUUGUGCAUGAAGUUUUAACAAUGUUUCACUUGCACACCGAGGAGAGGGGGUAUUUUUGCCAAUACCCUUCCUUCUAUGGCCCUAAAUGCUCCCCACAAAAAUAUGUCCUUGAGAGUUGGAGAAAAUUCCAGGACAUAUUUUGGGGAGGUAAUGAGGGCAGCAGAGGGAAUGGAGAAUCUAUGAAUAUCACCAUAUGUGAAUAAAGCAUCCUUUAGCUUGCACAGCACUUCUCAGUAUGUGAUCCACUGCUUGUCCCAUCUGGCAGCUCCCUGUAAUAGCAUCUGCUGAUACACAUGGCAGUGUAGAAUGGCUUGUUACAUGAAUUGUCUCCAAACCACUGCUAGGUAUUUCUCGUGACUGCUAGCAAGGGCAUGGAACGUCUCCACAUGAUAGCAGUACAGAGGUCCACACGGCAAGCUACUCUACAUAUAGUUACCACAUAGAACAGCCACAAUAGCCCUAUUCAGAUGUUAUUUUUUAAAAGCUGUGAGUACAGCUGUCCAAAAGUGCUCUGGAUGUCCCGCCCAGCAUUUCACUCAGCCAUCCACCCAUGUUCUUCCUGGUUACUGCAGCAUUGUCGGAGGCGGCAAAUGACAUAAUGGAAAUGACAGGCAUUUCUGUGAUCAGCAGGCUUGGGCACCCAGACCUGCCACUCACUGAAACACCCACCAUCAUGGUUACUGCAUUUGCCUCUUCAGACCAAUGCUGCAGUAACCAUGAAGAGUGACACACUGGGAGGGACUUCCAGAUGAUUGUACUCGCAUACAGCUUUGGGAUGGCUGUACUCGCAUGCAGCUGUUUAAAAUAAAGUCUGAACAAGGGCUAACAUGGACAUUGUUUCAUGCAGUUUCAUUGGGUGUGGGGAUAAUGAGUAAACCAUCUUCAGAAUGGAGCUUUGGAGAGCGGGGUGAAAUUAAAAGUGAGACAUUGCUCUUAGGAAUGUAGUACUUGUUGAGUACCAUAAACGCCUUCAACAUGUUGUAUAACCACAAAACCUAUCUAGCUUAUUUUCUCAGGUCCCUUUUUUGUUUCAUUUGUUUUGCUUGCAUGUGCGGUAUAGGGCAACCUAUAAUUCUAAGAAGCCAUCAGUGAGAAAGAGUGGAAUUUUCAAAAGUGCCUAAGAGAGACUUUAGCUCUCCACAUUCCAGUUUGAUUCUGAGGUACUGGCAAAAUCCCAUGAACCUAGGAUCAGACCCUUUCCAGUAGAGGACAUCCAUCCCUUUUUAAAAAAAAAAAAAAAGGUGGGGUAGGUGGGUGGGCGUGAAUCUCACCCAUUACUAGCACAGCCUCCCACCCCCCAAAGAAUAGAUUUUAAUCAUGCUACAUACAUCUUACCCUCUUCUACAGAAUUCAGGAGUCUGAAAAUGCUUAAGAGUCUUUAUUCUAAUUACAGUCUUUUGUUAGCCACAAUAGUUUGUUCAGAUUUCCUCAUGGAUUCUCAGGAUAAUUUCAGGCAGGAGGGGAACAACUGACACAAUAGUCGCCUUUCAGAAUAAAUAGUAGUACAUGGAGCCUGCAAUCAGUGUAACAUAAAACAAUCACUAGUUACUUUGCCAAAAACUGAUUGAAAUAAUACAGUUCAGGAGUGAUGGGAAAGCAAAAGCCGCUACAGAAAGUGGGAUUUGUUAUUUUGAGCACAAUAUGUGAUGCUAGUAGCAGCUGGAAUUUAUAAUGUAGAAAUGUUCUGCAGUCUGCAGAGACCAAAAGUUUGCAAAAGCAAAUGCAACAACACUCUCUUAUGUAAACAAGACUUUGGCACAAGCAUUUUGUUUCCUAAUGAUUUAUUCUUGUUCAUGGCAUUUGUUACCCAAGAAGUAUUGCCUCUGUUGCAGAGAGUGGAAAUCUAGCCAGAAUAGACAGUUGAAAUGCUACUAAUGUAGCAAUGUUUCAGUUCUGCAAGGCGACUGUCUUGCAGACAGCUUACUGCCAGAGAGAAAAUGAGAAAUGUUUGUUUAGAUAGGAGCAGAGGAAAAGGGGGGGGGGUACAUCUUCCACAUGAAUCAUUUGUAUUUUUUUAAUUCAUUGUGUUAUUAGACAAGGCAAAAAAGGCCAUCAGCAUUCUGUAAAAUAAUUUCAAGGAUGUUUGAAAAACUGAGAGGUGCAGCAAGAACUAGCCACAGUAGAUUAAGGCUGGCCCUGUUCCAUCAAUACAUACUUGGAUUAUGUGGUGACCUAGAAGAAAAGACACUUUAUUUGUUUUAUAGUAUUGAAUGGUCUAUGCUGUGCUUUGUAGCAACUGGUAUAUAGAAUCUAGUUUUCUGGGGGGUUUUGUUUUGUUUUUAAAGUGCCAAAAGGUCUAUGAAGUUAGUUUUAAAAGUGUUAAUUAGAUCUCUCUCAACUGCCUAAAUGACAGUAUGGUUCAGCUACUGUAAAUGGACUGCAGUAGCUUACGUUAAAAAAAAUUAAUAUAAAGAAAGAUGCUAACCCUAUAAAGAUUGUACAUUGGCAAUAUGGACUGAUAUGAAUUUUGUGUAUGUUACUAGAUUGUCCUAUUGUGAUGUAAUGAAUUUAAGUAAAUUGUGAAUUAUGGACUAUUA